CUGCGCAGAGCGCGUAAAACCAAACGGAAAAAAGGAGAGAGUUAGAGAGUAAUAUAGAGGGGGCGGAAGAGGAAGCGUAGAGUCGAACGGUAAAUCAGGCCCAUCCAAGUAGCUUUUAGAAUUGCCAGUGAGCAGUCUAAAAACAGAGAGAAACCCUCUACGGAGGCAAACGAAACGGAUUCCAGGAAAAGAAAACAAAUCAAAGUGGCGGAAACAAUUCCGAAGAAUCGGAAUAGCAAGGAUAUGAUGAGCACUAAGUCGGAUAACAAGAUGCAGAGGUACUACGCCGAACGGGAAACCACAGGACCCGAGUUCGACGAUCGCCUCAUAAAACUGGUUCGCGCCAAUCCGGCCAUCUACGAUGUCAGCCACCCACACUACCGCCGGAAUCCUGUAAGAGUGGACAUAUGGGAUCGAAUCGCCACCGAGCUGGGCGCCUCCUCUCGUUUCCUGCAGACCAAGUGGAAAAACAUACGCUACAACUAUUUGCAGGAGAUCAAAGCCAUUGAAACGGGCCAGGCCAAUCCGAAUGUGAGAAAACGUCGGUUCACCGAGGAUUUGUCCUUCCUGCAAAACACCGCUCAAACGUACAACGUGAAGAAGCUGCAGAGCUACAAUGCCGUGCCCCAGAACGGCAGCAGUGACAACGACAGUAACAGUUUCCUUUACCCGGACCCCGAGCACCUGAAGAUCGAUGCCUCCGAGGGCUAUGACAUCAUCGAACUGGAUAAUAGUGAAGAUGGCUCUCACAGCGAUGACAACGAGAUUGUGCCGGAGCUGCAGCUGGACAUGCAUUCCAAGCCUGUGAUCUCGCUUCAGGGUGCGCUCAACGGUGCCCGCAGUAGCAGCAACAGCCGUAGCCACGACAAUGAGAAUGACCAUACCCACGUUAGCUCGCCGGCCUCCUCGCCCCUCCUCACUCCCAUGGUGGUUAUGGGCAAUGGCUUUGACCAGGAGCAGGUGCAGCCCACCCACGUCAGCGACAUGAACCAGGAAAUUCCAAAAAACAACUCCCUCUCCAACGGGGAGGUCACCAUCGAACCAAUCUACAAGCCAGCGGCAACCAGACGCCCACUUCCCAGCGAUUUUCUGUCCAGUCGAGCCAAACGUAAAGUCAUUCCGACACCUCCUUCGCUGACACCAUAUAACGACCCCAUCGAGCUGUACUGCCUGUCGCUGGUGGACACCUUGCGCAGUAUGCCCCGAUCGGAACGGGAACGAGUCAAGUUUGAGUUCGCCAACAUACUGAAGGACGCCAAGUACAAGGACGAGACCUAAGCGAGCUAUCGGGCAUCUCUUCUCAUGCAAUACGUACAAUUUUCGAUUAGUCCACGAUUAGGUUUAUAAAAUCACUCUUACAAAACACUCAUACAAGGUCACUCCUGUAUACACCCAUUAUGUACUUUUCACCCUACUAGACAUAGAAUUUACUAUGCUACGAUUGCGUUUCUAGGCUAAGAUCUAUGAUUAACUUUGUUUAGAACUU